CCGGAGGCCAGAAGGGAAAGGGUCGGUUCUUAUUCUCUCUAUCUCUCUCUCAGAAGAAAUUGGCUCUUUCUCUCUCUAACUCUCUCUGUCGGAGGGAAAUCGGCUGUUUCGAGCUUCACAACUGUGCUGGUUCUGCUUUGCCAUUGAAGUGCUCUCUUUCCCUUUCUCUCUCUCUUUGUCUCUCUCUAAGGAUUAGGGACGGUCCCACCGGCUGAGUAGGUUCGAAACCCAGUUUUUUGUUGAAAGUUCUGUCAGCUCGCUGUGCGUUCCAGCACCGUCGGAGGAGAUACUUUACGCAGGCGGCAAUGGCCACUCUUGCCGAUUCUUUCCUGGCAGAUCUUGAUGAGCUUUCAGAUAAUGAAGAUGAUAUUAUUGAGGAGGAAAAUGAGGGUGCUGGGGAGAUGGAAGAAGAUGAUGGUGAUAUGGCUGACAUUGAGUCCCUCAAUUACGAUGACCUGGAUAGUGUCUCAAAGUUGCAGAAAACACAGCGUUAUGCUGAUAUUAUGCAGAAAGUCGAAGAAGCACUAGAGAAAGGGUCGGAUAUGUCAAGUAAUGCAAUAGUACUGGAGGAUGAUCCAGAAUAUCAGCUUAUUGUUGAUUGUAAUGCUUUGUCUGUUGACAUAGAGAAUGAAAUUGUCAUAAUUCAUAACUUUAUACGGGACAACUAUCGUUUGAAGUUUCCAGAGCUUGAGUCACUUGUACAUCAUCCAAUUGAUUAUGCUAGGGUUGUGAAGAAAAUUGGAAAUGAGAUGGAUCUAACCCUUGUUGACCUGGAAGGACUUUUACCUUCAGCAAUUAUUAUGGUUGUCUCAGUUACUGCUUCAACUACUAGUGGCAAACCACUUCCUGAAGAGAACCUGAAGAAAACAAUUGAUGCAUGUGAUCGAGCUCUUACCUUGGAUACAGCAAGAAAGAAAGUUCUUGACUUUGUAGAGACCAGAAUGGGAUACAUUGCACCAAAUCUGUCUGCCAUUGUUGGUAGUGCUGUUGCUGCAAAACUAAUGGGAACAGCUGGUGGCCUGUCAUCCUUGGCAAAAAUGCCUGCUUGCAAUGUUCAACUUCUUGGGGCAAAAAGGAAGAACUUGGCUGGAUUUUCCACUGCAACUUCCCAGUUUCGUGUAGGAUACAUUGAACAAACUGAGAUUAUUCAAAGCACACCUCCAGCUUUGAGGAUGCGGGCAUGCCGACUUUUGGCAGCCAAGUCCACCCUUGCUUCACGAAUCGAUUCAACAAGAGGUGAUCCAACUGGGAAGAAGGGGAGGGACUUGAGAGAGGAAGUACGCAAAAAAAUCGAAAAAUGGCAAGAGCCUCCUCCUGCAAAGCAACCAAAACCCCUUCCAGUUCCCGACUCAGAGCCUAAAAAGAAAAGAGGUGGUCGCCGGCUGAGAAAGAUGAAAGAGAGGUAUGCAGUCACGGACAUGAGAAAACUUGCAAAUAAAAUGUUGUUUGGAGUACCAGAAGAGAGUUCUUUAGGUGAUGGACUUGGAGAAGGAUAUGGCAUGCUUGGUCAAGCUGGUAGUGGUAAAUUGAAGGUAUCAGCUGUGCAGAGCAAACUUGCUGCUAAAGUAGCUAAAAAGUUCAAGGAGAAGCGCUAUGGGAGUAGUGGUGCUACUUCAGGAUUGACUUCAAGUCUGGCAUUUACUCCAGUGCAGGGAAUUGAGCUGACAAAUCCACAGGCAUAUGCUCAUCAGCUUGGUAGCGGAACCCAAAGCACCUACUUCUCUGAGAUAGGAACGUUCUCUAAGAUCAAGAGGACAUGAUGGGAGAACCAUGCUGACAGUGUGUGGUGUACAAGCUGGAGGACAGUUUCUCACGGUACAGAUUGACGCGACAGAUUUUUACCAUAAGCUUGGCGGAUGGAAGACUUGAUGGAAGAAAUGCAAAAGGAACAUGGACAAAGCAGUCAACUUUUCUUCAGACUUUUGUUUCUCAAAUUUUAUAUAGUCGACCAGUGUUAAAACACAAAGUAGUUCACUAUUUCAAGAAGAUGAAAAGAAUGAGCUGAGAUGGAAAAGUCAGUUGGGGAAGAAGCUCGAAUCGGCUUGCAUCUUCUAGCACAUGGAUACGUGUUAUAUCUUAUGUCCAGAGAUGGAUAAUUUCCAAACAGCCUUGAAAAUCAUAUUUGUCUUCUCUAAAACUGAUCUUAUGGAAGUAAUUUCCAAGUAUUAGAGCUUGAGAAUUUUUAA